AUGGCCCACGGAAUCCGAGUGUCGUCUGCUAGAAUAUAUUCUAGUGAACAAAGUGAAUCAGUUCAAGAAGUUUUCGAUGGUUUAUCUGAUACUGGCGAAGAUUUUAAAACGGCAUCUGAUAAAUUGAAAGAAUAUUUUGAACCAAAGAAAAACAUCAGAUUCGAAAGAUAUAUUUUCAAACAAGCAAGUCAGAAUUCAAGUGAAUCAAUCAGUCAGUUCGUAACUCGCCUUCGAUCACUAUCAGCUACUUGUGAUUUUCCUGAUGUUAAUGAUGCCAUUGCUGAUCAAGUAGUCGAGAAAUGCUCGUCUUCAAGACUUAAACGGCGUCUACUCAGAGAGAAGGAUCUUAAACUCGACAAUAUCAUAGAUAUUUCACAAGCUAUGGAAUCCGCUGCGAGUCAAACUAACCAAAUGGAUCAUUCGUCACGUACCGAAAAUUCAUUAGAAACACCAAGUGAAGACAACCACCAGAAAUUGGCUAGAAUAAACGAUAAAGCUGCCAAAUGUAAGAUGAAAUCAUAUGCAGAUCAAAAGUUCCAUGCCAAAUCAUCUGAUCUCAUGCAAGGAGACUUGGUAUUAGUGAAACAGAAUAAAGUCAAUAAAUUGUCUACACCUUUUAGUGCUGAACCAUCCGUUGUAUUAGAUGUUAAAGGAUCUAUGAUUACACUGAAACGACCUAAUGGUAAAGUUUAUGCAAGAAACAGCUCGUUACUAAAAAGAGUACCAACUACGUCAAAUCAGCUCAAUAAAGCAACAUCCGAUUCUGAAGAUGACAUCGAGGAUGAUAGUUAUGCUCAACGACCAAAUCCAGUAAUUCCACAACCAAUGAGAAGAAACCCAAGAAGACAUCGUAAUAGACCCUGUUAUCUAAAUGACUAUGUUUAG